GAGGAGGAGGCACUGCAGGUUCAUGUGUAUAUAAUGAAAAGGCAUUUGACAAUCUGCCAAAACGCACGGGAGGGAGAAACUGGACCUACUGGAUUUCGUAAAACGAAUCGUCAUCAUCCGCAACUACAUGGGGAAGGAGGAGGAGGAGGGGGGAGCAGUGGCGGCGGCGGCGGCAGAAGCGGCGAUUCCAGACUCGGCUGCCUCAAUGUGAAACCACACGCAAAAAGGGGGGAAAGAGGGGGAGGGUGGGGUGGUCGGGAAAAAAAUAUAUAUCCAGGCAGGCAGAAAGAGAUUAUUUAGACGACGACGACGACAGCAACAACCCUAAGAUCCGAUCUUCCUCCGGUGCACAUUUCUCUCUCGCUCUGGCUCUCUUCGCUGGGAUUAAAAAAGCCUCCUCUUGGCAGCAGCCAUGAAUUCAGCGGAGCAAACCGUUACAUGGCUGAUCACCCUGGGGGUGCUGGAGUCGCCCAAAAAGAGCAUCUCGGACCCGGAGGGAUUCUUGCAAGCCUCGCUGAAAGACGGGGUGGUGCUGUGCAGGCUGCUGGAUCGCCUGCUGCCGGGCACCAUCGAUAAAGUUUAUCCGGAGCCCCGCACCGAGAGCGAGUGCCUGAGCAAUAUCCGCGAGUUCCUUCGGGCAUGCGGCGCCACCCUUCGCCUGGAGACCUUUGAUGCAAAUGAUCUCUAUCAAGGACAGAAUUUCAACAAGGUGCUCAGCUCCUUAGUUGCACUAAAUAAAGUAACAGCAGACAUUGGGCUAGGAAGUGAUUCUGUGUGUGCAAGGCCAUCAUCUCACCGAAUAAAGUCUUUUGACUCCUUGGGAUCCCAGUCAUUACAUAGCAGAACUUCAAAACUUUUUCAGGGCCAGUAUCGAAGUCUGGAUAUGACAGACAACAGCAACCACCAGCUGGUGGUAAGAGCAAAAUUUAAUUUUCAACAGACCAAUGAAGAUGAACUUUCUUUUACAAAAGGAGAUAUUAUCCAUGUUACAAGAGUAGAAGAAGGAGGCUGGUGGGAAGGAACUCACAAUGGCAAGACAGGCUGGUUUCCCAGCAAUUAUGUACGAGAAGUAAAAUCAAACGAAAAACCUGUUUCCCCCAAAUCAGGAACUCUGAAGAGUCCUCCAAAAGGGUUUGAUACAUCUGCUAUCAGCAAAAGCUAUUAUAAUGUGGUGCUACAAAACAUUCUAGAAACAGAAAAUGAAUAUGCGAAGGAGCUACAGACCAUGCUUUCUAACUACUUGCGGCCGUUACAAGCUAGUGAAAAGUUAAACUCUUCUGAUACUUCAUAUUUAAUGGGAAACCUAGAAGAAAUCAGUUCUUUUCAGCAAAUGCUUGUACAGUCUUUAGAAGAAUGCACCAAGUUACCUGAAGCUCAGCAGAGGGUUGGUGGUUGCUUUCUCAAUCUGAUGCCACAAAUGAAAAAUUUAUACCUUGCAUACUGUGCCAACCAUCCAUCAGCUGUAACUGUCCUCACAGAACACAGUGAAGAGCUAGGAGAAUUCAUGGAGAUGAAAGGAGCCAACAGUCCUGGGAUUCUUGUAUUGACCACGGGCCUGAGCAAACCCUUUAUGCGCCUGGAUAAAUAUCCCACGUUACUCAAAGAGCUUGAACGACACAUGGAGGAUUAUCAUCAAGACCGACCUGACAUUCAGAAAUCCAUGACAGCCUUCAAAAACCUUUCUGCACAAUGUCAAGAAGUAAGGAAAAGAAAGGAACUUGAACUCCAAAUACUAACAGAAGCUAUCCGCUGUUGGGAAGGAGAGGACAUUAAAACACUGGGAAAUGUUAUUUACAUGUCACAAGUCUUGAUUCAGUGUGCUGGUAGUGAGGAAAAGAAUGAAAGAUACCUUCUUCUCUUUCCUAACAUUUUGCUCAUGUUGUCUGCCAGCCCUCGGAUGAGUGGGUUUAUUUAUCAGGGGAAACUACCGCUGACUGGGAUGACCAUUACAAAACUAGAAGAGAGUGAGAAUCACAGAAAUGCAUUUGAAAUAUCAGGAAAUAUGAUCGAACGAAUAUUGGUAUCUUGUAAUAACCAACAAGAUUUGCAUGAAUGGGUAGACCAUCUGCAGAAGCAAACCAAAGUAACAACUAUUGGGACUCCAGUUAUUAAACCUCAUUCUGUGCCAUCUCACACGCUUCCUUCACAUCCUGUUACACCAUCUGGCAAGCAUGCGGAUAGCAAGCAAAUGCCACUGACCCCAGUAUAUCACACUCUUCCACAUCCUUCACAUCAUGGGACGCCUCAUACCACUAUAAACUGGGGACCCCUGGAGCCACCUAAAACUCCUAAGCCAUGGAGUUUGAGCUGUUUACGGCCAGCGCCUCCAUUACGGCCUUCAGCAGCACUCUGUUACAAAGAGGAUCUCAGCAAAAGCCCUAAAACAAUGAAAAAACUGUUGCCCAAGCGAAAACCUGAACGGAAACCAUCUGAAGAAGAAUUUGCAUUGAGAAAAAGCACAGCUGCAUUAGAAGAAGAUGCUCAGAUUUUAAAAGUCAUUGAAGCUUACUGCACAAGUGCCAAAACGCGCCAAACAUUAAACUCAACAUGGCAAGGCACUGACCUGAUGCAUAAUCACGUCUUGGCUGAUGAUGACCAAUCAAGUCUAGACUCCUUGGGUCGUCGCAGUAGCCUUUCUCGUUUGGAGCCUUCCGACCUCUCUGAAGACUCUGACUAUGACAGUAUAUGGACAGCCCAUAGUUACAGAAUGGGGUCUACAUCUCGCUCCCGUAAAGAAUCUGCUCCCCAAGUGCUGCUUCCAGAGGAAGAGAAAAUUAUUGUAGAAGAAACAAAAAGUAAUGGUCAGACUGUGAUAGAAGAAAAAAGUCUUGUUGACACAGUAUAUGCAUUAAAGGAUGAAGUUCAGGAAUUAAGACAGGAUAACAAAAAGAUGAAGAAAUCAUUGGAAGAAGAACAAAGAGCUCGCAAGGAGCUUGAAAAACUUGUCCGGAAAGUUCUAAAGAGUAUGAAUGAUCCUUCUUGGGAUGAAACCAAUUUAUAACAAAUUUAGCAUUGUAUUUUUUUUUCUUUCUAUUGAAAGACCAGUUGUCAAAUGAGCUGAGAAGCCUUCUGACAUUUAGUCAGUGUUGCAUAAAGAGCACUACAAAGCAGGACUUAACUGGAUCGAGUGAUUUUUCUUUCUUACAAUGUAUAAUAAUAUCCAAUCCAUUCACUGACGUUGUCUGUACUUUAGUGUAGAUAGUGUGGAUGCAGAACUUGACUUGUUUGCAUUUAAAUUACCUCAUUGGCAGCAAGUGCAACAGCUGGCUAACAUGUCCAUGGUGUGUUCUCCUCCCCACCUCCUUGUAAAUAUCUGUAAUUUUGAAUGCAUAUGUGAUCAAUGUAUCAGGAUUGAUAUAGUGUUAAUACUUUCCUCCUGUAAUGACUGCAGCUAAGCAGCAGACGUGGCACUGGUUGACGCUCUCCUAAAAUUUACUGAUUCCAUGCUGUUCCAAGUUUAAUUGUUUUGAACUGUUCUAGACAUAUUAGACAUUAUUUGCAAAAAGUGGGUGAGUGGUUUUUUUUUUCUUGUAAUCUCCCAGUAUUCACCGGUCUAUUUUAAUAACUUAAUUAAAUUUAUUUAUGUCUGUUUAAAUCAGGGGUAGGAAAGGUGUGACCCCCCCAGAUGUGGUUGGACAACAGUUCCCAUUGCCCUUAGCCAGCAUAGCCAAUAGUGUGAAGGAUGAUGGGAAUUGCAGUCUAACCACAUCUGGCAGGCCAGAUGUUUCCCCAUCUGGGAACCUUCAGACACAAUUUUAACAUGUUUUUUUUUAAAAAAACACCAAGCUGACAAUGCAGUAAACUGUCAAUUGGCACCAUUUCAUAUUAAAGGUAAUAUCUUAAUAUCUAAGACUAAUAAUGACAUUUCUUUUCGCAUGCCAAUAUGCAGUAGAGCCAGUUAAAGAGGGAUGUGCUUACUCUUGUUUUGUUUAAAUGGCUAGUUAUUAGAUGAUUUGUGUACUACAUUUUUAAAUGGUUGUACAUUUACUUUAACAUGCAGCUAGCUAUCAUUUUAAUGGAACACUCAAGCACUGUUUUCAAAACGAAAGUCCUAAACAAGGGUAUGUGGGGUUUAUUAUUACGUUUUGGUGAAUAAUAUGUAUUAUUUAUUUUUAUUAUGAUCCUAGCAAGGUUUAGGGCCAUAGCUAGUCCUAAGGUUUAUUCCUAGAUUGCCCAGGGGUCAAACCUGUUCAUCUAGGUGACACACAGGGGAUCCAGUGCUCAGGCAGGGUCGAACCCUGGAUGAUCCCAGGAUAAACCUUAGGUCUAGCUGUGGCCUAGGUUAACAUAUGCAUGUAGAGUAUUUGGGAUACUCAAACCUCAGGCCUGACAUUUGAUGUUCCACUACUGUGCAAAAACCAUUCUUCUUUCCCCUGUAAGAUCAAGUGAAAUAAUAGUCCACUUACCUCCAUUCCUUUUAAGCAAAAAAUAAAAAAGAAAGGAAAAAAGUGCUUUAUGAAAAUAAAUCUUUUCUGCUUUAUUUAUCCAUAUAGAUAAGCUCCAGUUACUUUGGAAAACACGUGGAGCCUAUGUAAUGAAAUCUGGCACUAAAUUUGUGUGUGUUGGCAACCUCGUAAUCAACUAGUUUGGUCAGAGGGGUGUGUGUGUAAAAUGCAUAUACGCGCACACACCAUCAUAUGCACGUAACAUGUCUUUCAGUACUCUGAGCUGAAGGUUGGUUUUUGAAGGUGAAAGAAUUAAGGUAUUUGUUUUUAAAGCCUGUUCUUCAAAUCAAAGCCUAGUCAUUUUAGUAUCUGUCUUACUGCUGAGUUUGGGGGAGGGGGAUCCUACAGCAGAACUGCAUAUUAUGAGGAGCAGAGCAUUGGUGCUAAAAACAGCCUCCCCAUUUUGAGCUUUCCCCCCUCCUUACUUCAGAGUAAAACUUGCUCUGUGUCCUGAUGGCAUCAUAUUUGUUCCCCACCUCCAGCCAAUGAGUUGGAGUGGGAAAACACCCAAUGUGUUGACAUUGGGACACAGAGUUGUGUUUGCCGCAUGUUACAGUGGGUGGGGGUGGGUGGGGUGGGGGGCAAGAACACAACAUGGGGAUGCUGUUUAGAGGGGCAGCCCCACAUUUCCCAUAACAUGCCAUUUCAACCCUAAAGGAUGACGCAUGCUUCAGAUACUGUAUGUUGUAUAAUUGAUUCUUGUAUUAAACAGGCAAAGUAUAUUCCCCUACUCAUGAAGCAAUAAGACUCAACUAUUUAUUGUUUCUUGCUGGCAGCAACCAGAAAUGGGCAGCUAUACUUCGGUUGAAAAUAAAUGGUUAUUGUCAUGA